AUGGACGUCGAUGCAGAGACUACCAAGAUCGACCCGGAUCACGAUAUCCCCCACUUGUUGAAUUCCUCCAUCGAGGCUCCUCCCUCUCUCUUGCCCCAGAGACACUACUGUGACAUAACAGGCUUGGAGGCUCCGUAUACAGAUCCAGCUACCGCUCUUCGAUUCCACGACAAGAGCGUGUAUGAACUCAUAAAAGCACUGAGCUCAAGCGCUGCCAAGGACUACCUUUCUGCCAGAGGCGUCAAUCCCAUCGUCAAAUAGCCCGCCUGCCGUGCCAGAGCAAGCUUUGCGCGACGUUUGUUUUGGCUGUUGAUCACACCAGCAGUGUCGCAGGCGUCUUGGAUCGGCCUCCUGCGCCGUACAACGUAUCACUCAUCCUGUAUUUAUGUAGGCUUAAAUCGAACAGCCGCCUUGGUGUAUUGUAUUC